UGCCCGGCUGGGUCUGGGCAGAAGUUCCUUCUCACCACCUCCAGGCCUGUCUUCACCACUCGUUCUCAUUCACGACUUUAAGACUCUGGAAGCCUAGAAUCCACUGGGAUCCGCAGCCCGUGGACCCCAAUGUUGUGGCUGCAGGAGGGGAGCCAGCAGGGCCUGGGGCUCCAGGCUCUGCCCGAUGACGCUGCUCGUGGGAACAGGAGCUGAGGCCAGGCCAGAGAGAACCAUGGAGAUGAAGGGCCUCCUCACACUGGCUUGGUUCCUGGCUUGUAGCGCGCCUGCUGUCCCAGGGAGCUUGCUACAGCUGAGGCUGAUGACUGAGCAGCUGACCAGGAAGCCCGCCCUGAUGAGCUAUGGCUUCUACGGCUGUUACUGCGGCUGGGGGGGUCGAGGGACCCCCAAGGAUUGUACUGAUUGGUGCUGUUGGAUGCAUGACCACUGCUACGCACGGCUGGAGAAAAAAGGCUGCAAUGCCUUGACACAGGUGUACAGAUACAGAGUUGCAUGCGGCCUGGUCACCUGUGAACGUGGGUCCCUCUGCCAGAUGCAGCUCUGCGCCUGUGACCGGCAUUUCGUCUACUGCCUGAAAAGAAACAUGAGGAGCUACAACCCUCUUUAUCAAUACUUUCCCAACUUCCUCUGCAUCUAGUCGUCUCAGUGAGCUCCUCCUGGACCAAGAUUCUUACACCCUCUCCUACAGCACAGAGCUUACCCACUCUGCUGGAAUCCCCAGAGAGGCUCCCAGGUCUGGGACCUCAUUCUUGAUGUUCCACUGGGCUCGGAGGAGGCCCACAGCCUCACUUCAUCCUCCAGAGUUCCAGGAGAGUGACUCUGGUCAUUAGACUUGGCAAGGUCAGGGUCCCCGGCCUCCACUUGUGAGAUCAGCCGCUCUGGUGCCGAAAGCUCGCCCUUCACUCCAGGCCAGCUGUGUUUCUCCUCAUCCCUGAAGACAGCCCUGCUUCUCCAGGAGGGAGGCUUUCCUGGGAUGCAUUGACUUUUCAGUUCUGCAGUUGGGUUAUCACUACCAUCCUGUAGAGAAUUUUCACAGAAGUGGAAGCAAAAGUGACUCCAUAAUUCUGCCACAUAGGUAUUAAAUAAAAUUCCUUCUCAAGACUAAUAAUAACCACACAGGUAUUUCCUCUGCUGUGGAGGAUUGCCUGCACCUCUUUCUCUGCUGUUGGGGCACCAGACCCAGCAUUAACCAUGUUCCCUCAGAGGAGGAAGGUACAGAUUAGUAACUAGAAGGUUUCCUGGGAUGAGUACCAAGCCUUCUUUGGGGCUCAUCUCCUUAAACCUUGGGUCCACUCGAGCCAAGCACUGGACCUCAUUCUUCCUCCAGGGAGCGGGGAGAAGAUGAUUGGCAAUCGUGCCGUCUUGGGCUUCCAGACCAGAGAGCGCCGCAUUUGAAUGCCAACUUGGCUUCUCCAGCUGUGUGGUCUCAGGCUCAUUACUGAACCCCUCUGAUUUCUGGUCUCUUUAAAAAAGAAACUGUAGGGCUUCCCUGGUGGCGCAGUG